GCAACGCGCGACGUCGCGACUAUCGACAGUGUGCCGCCCAGAAAAUCGAGCGACAGACAGUGUCCAUCGCAGGCGAGCAGGCAUGCUGAGGAGCACGUCCGGUCAGCUUCGGCUUGCGAGCAGGAGUCUGUCUGUACAUCAACUUGGCCCGGCACGCUGUUUGGAUCAGUCUAUAGCGCUAUCGAGCAGACAUGACGUAGCUAGAACGAGACGAUCAUUACACCAGUCGCUGGCCGUUCGGGCGACACGGCAACAUGCUACGCUUCCUCUCAUAGCUGCAAGUCAGCGCUUCGGAUCGCGCAGAGGCUACGAACAUCAGCGCACGCAAGGUGAUCUGCCUCUUUAUGCAGUCCUCGCUCUUCAGCCAUUGUUUUUGACCUCGAUCGACUGCGACAGUCUCGAGGAGCCAAAGAUGGAAAGAUCAGCCGAGAAGAAAGCGACGAACGAGCCGGAGGAUAUCGUCGUGCUCAUUCACGAGGAGUCACAUCACUCCAAUGGCGUCUUUCAUACCAUCUUUCUCUUCUUUGACAAAUAUCUGUUCGAACCCAUCUCUACGACCCGACGGUUCCUGUACCUCGGUCUGCUCUUCUUACCUGUCAUCUUGUCAGCCCCAAUCCUGUUACUCGAAUGGACGGACCUGGGACGCGGCAAGGCACUGACGCGAUCUGGUCGACGCCGUGCUGCCAAUCGCCAGGCAAAGGGCAUGACAGAGCGUUCGACGACAAUCUGGUGGUAUGGCUUGCUCGUACACCAGAUGGAACGAGCUGGCCCGACUUUCAUCAAGCUAGCCCAAUGGGCCGGUUCCAGACGAGAUCUAUUCCCGGACACGCUAUGCGCGCUCUUUGGCCGACUCCACUCUGGCGGCAAGCCUCACGCCCUGUCUCAUACCAAGAAGGCACUCGAGCAUGCCUUCCAGCGACCAUUCGCAGAAAUCUUCAGCGAAUUCGACGAGAACCCGAUGGGCAUUGGCGCCGUUGGACAGGCAUACAAGGGCACCCUCAACACCGAUCUCCUGCCUGCACAUUACCUAGGCCCGAAGCACCAAGACGUGGACGGACCGACGCAAAAGCUCAAGCGAGCUAUUGCGCCUGCUACAGAGGACUCCAAGCCGCCUGCUGUACCUACGACCAGCGUGGCCAUCAAGGUAUUGCACCCUGGCGUGCGAAAGAUGAUUAAUCGCGAUCUCAAAAUCAUGUCUGUCCUUGCCAACAUGCUCAAUGCCGUGCCAGGUAUGGAGUGGCUCAGCUUCCCAGAGGAAGUCGAGGUCUUUGGCGGUAUGAUGCGCGCCCAACUCGAUCUACGAACGGAAGCACAGAAUCUGCAGACAUUCGAGCAUAAUUUCCGUCACCGCAAGACCGUCAGCUUCCCGCGCCCUCUGACAGACUACACCAGUCAGAGUGUACUCGUGGAAGAGUACGAAGAUGCUGUGCCGCUCAAGAUGUUUCUGCGCGAGGGUGGCGGUCCGUACGAUGAGAAGAUCGCCAAUCUCGGCCUCGACGCUUUCUUGAACAUGCUUCUCAUAGACAAUUUUGUGCAUUCUGAUCUUCACCCAGGCAAUAUCUUUGUCAAAUUCUAUCCACGCAGCACAAAGGGUUUCUUACAGUCAAUCUGGGCGAGCCUCUUCGACAAGGAGGAGCCCGAUCCCGCUUCCGCAGCAGGCAGCGAGUCACUUGAUAUCGCACACCGCCUGAGAAAAUUGUCGCACGAUCACGAGCAGUGGGCCGCAGAAUUGGAUAAGCUCAAUGAUCAAGGCUACGAGCCUGAACUCGUCUUCAUCGAUACCGGCCUCGUCACAGAGCUCAAUGAUGUCAACCGGAGGAAUUUCAUUGAUCUCUUUAGAGCUGUUGCAGAGUUUGAUGGGCACAAGGCCGGCGUGCUCAUGGUCGAGCGAUGCCGCGCACCUGAUCUGGUCGUCGACGAAGACACUUUUGCACUCAAGAUGCAGCAUCUCAUCUUAUCUGUCAAAUCGCAAACUUUCAGCUUAGCAAAGAUCAAGAUCUCCGACGUCCUCUCGCAAGUGUUGACCAAUAUCAGGGAGCAUCAUGUGAAGCUCGAGGCCGACUUUGUGAAUACAGUCAUUUCGAUCUUGCUGCUAGAAGGUAUCGGACGUCAGCUCAAUCCAGAGAUGGAUCUCUUCAAAUCCGCCCUGCCUAUCCUGCGCAGUCUUGGCGGACAGAUGGACAAAGGCGACGUCUUGCGAGGCGGCGUCAGAGCGAGUGACAUCGUGCCCAUGCUGAAGAUCUGGGGAUGGAUUGAGAUUCGCGAAAUGGCAAGCAUCGCAAUCAGCGAAGUCGACGAUCUGUUACGGUAUGACAAUCUGAUGCCGAAUAUAUAGACUACAAGCGAAUGCAUAUUGAUCAUGACAACAUGUCGUUACACUGAGAUCUCAGACAUGGGUGGCAUGGCGGCUUCGCGCUUUGCCAGGAAGGGCUCUGGACUGAGAGACAUUGCGCCGAAUGAGCUGCCUAGGUCAGCCGAUCUGCGCUUUGAGGCUGGCCAAGGUGCUAGAUGUGGCGAUACAGAAUCUGCGGCUUCCAUUGCCUCGGCGUUCGUCGACACAGAGCUGCUGAUCUGCUCCAUUUCGCUCACAUCGUCCUCAUCUUCGGUAUCGUCAGACUCGUCUCGCCAUUCUCUGUAGAGGUCGUUGACGUAGACGCCAGAUAGGGGUAGUUUGAAAGGGUCGAAAGGAAAGUGGGUGUCGAAGCGCGCUUCUGCCAGAGCGUGCUUGAGCAUCGCGUUAUGUACUGGGCCUUGGUUGGCAAUAC